CCCCCCGGUAGGGUCCCCCCCGCACCGGGAUCCCCCAUCGCCCGGUAACCGGGAUCCCUCGGCAGCUGCGCUGUCCCGCCAGCCGGGAUCCCCGCUCCUCCAUCCCCCGGUAACCGGGAUCCCCGGUACCUGAGCGUUCCCCCUGCAGGGUCCGCACCCCCGGGCCCGCCCCCUCCCCUUUCCCGGUAGUCCCCGUUAACCCCUUCCCCUCCACGCCGUUUGCGCCCCCCGUCCCCAUCUGUUGCCCCCGGUUCUGCCCCGCCGGGGCCCGACUGGCAGCUGCCUACGGCCGGGAUGAGCCGCCGCGAUGGAUGAGUUCCACCCCUUCAUCGAGGCGCUGCUGCCCCACGUCCGGGCCUUCUCCUACACCUGGUUCAACCUCCAGGCCCGCAAGCGCAAGUACUUCAAGAAGCACGAGAAGCGGAUGUCCAAGGAGGAGGAACGCGCCGUCAAGGACGAGCUGCUGGGCGAGAAGCCGGAGGUCAAGCAGAAAUGGGCCUCGCGCCUCCUGGCCAAACUGCGCAAGGACAUCCGGCCCGAGUGCCGCGAGGACUUCGUGCUGUCCGUCACCGGCAAGAAGGCGCCGUGCUGCGUCCUCUCCAACCCCGACCAGAAGGGCAAGAUCCGCCGCAUCGACUGCCUGCGCCAGGCCGACAAGGUGUGGCGCCUGGACCUGGUGAUGGUCAUCCUCUUCAAGGGCGUCCCGCUGGAGAGCACCGACGGCGAGCGCCUGGCCAAGGCACCCCAGUGCGCCAGCCCCGGCCUCUGCGUCCAGCCCCACCACAUCGGCGUCACCAUCAAGGAGCUCGACCUGUACCUGGCGUAUUUCGUCCACGCGCCAGAUUCCGGACAAUCGGACAGCUCAAACCCGCAGGGAGACGCGGACAUCAAACCACUGCCCAACGGGCACCUGACCUUCCAGGACUGCUUCGUGACGUCGGGUGUCUGGAACGUGACGGAGCUGGUGAGGGUGUCCCAGACCCCAGUGGCCACGGCGUCGGGCCCCAACUUCUCGCUGGCCGACCUGGAGAGCCCGGGGGGCUACUACAACAUCAGCCCUGUCGCCCUCGGCCGCCGGCCCCUGGGGCCCCCCACUGCCAGCGGCCCGAAGCGCCCCAAGGCGCUGGACGAGGGGGACCUGGAGGGUCCCGGGGACGACGUCUUCUACCCCGGGCCGGGGCGGUCCCCAGCCCCCGGCAGCAGCCAGGGGCCCUGGGGGGGGGACGUUGACACCGGCCCGGCGGCGCUGAAGAAGUCGGGGAAGUUGGAUUUCUGCAGCGCCCUGUCGGGGCACGGGGCCGCGCCCCGCAUGGCCUUCGGCCACCACCCCCUGCCCGUCCUGGCCGGCGUCCGCCCCGGCAGCCCGCGGGCCACGGCCUCGGCGCUGCACUUCCCGUCGGGGUCCCUCCUGCCCCAGUCGAGCCCCUACUUCGCCCACCCCACCAUCCGCUACCACCACGGGCAGGACUCGCUCAAGGACUUCGUCCAGUUCGUCUGCGCCGACGGCGCCGCCCAGGCCCCCAGGUGCGGCGGGGACGGGCGCGGGGGCGGCCCGGGGGUCGCGGGGAAGGCCCGGGGGUCGCGGGGACACGCGGGGACACCGGGACCCGCCCCGGCGGGGCCCGGCUCAGAACGAGGCGCAGGAGGCGGGGCCUGUAUGCAGAUUAGGCGGGGAGGCGGGGCCGCUCCCCUGGAUGCAAAUAAGGGCGAGGAGGUGGGGCCUGUAUGCAAAUCAGCGGUGCCGGAGCGCGAAUAGAUGGACGCUAUGCAAAUAAGGCACAAGGGGCGGUCCAUGUAUGCAAAUAUACACACGGGGGCGGAG